AUGAAACCAAGUUGUCUUGAAUUAGUGAAUCCUCUUACCGGUCAUCCGCAACGAGGUGGGCAAGUACAACAGCAAGCGGUUACCAGCGUGGUGCGACCGCACUCCCCCAAACUUCCCUGCACCUCUCACCUCCACCACCCUCCCCUUCUCUCCUCCAUGAUAGGUCAUCCGCAACGAGGUGGGGAAAUACAACAGCAAGCGCCUACCAGCGUGGUGCGACCGCAUCCUCUGGCGCUCGCUGCCUGGCUGCCACCCUGCUGCUCCUUUCCCCCAACCUCUCCCCCUUCUCUGCACUCCCUUUGGCUUUCCCUCUUGCCGACUUCCACCCCCCAUCAGGUGAUUAGAAACGAGGUGGGGAAGUACAACAGCAAGCGGUUACCAGCGUGGUGCGACCGCAUCCUCUGGCGCUCGCUUCCCGGCUGCCAGCUGGCUUGCACUCGCUACGACGCCGCGCAUGAUGUGGGGAGCAGCGACCACAAGCCAGUGCUGGCAGAAUUUGAGCUCACCACUCACGCCCUGCCAGUGGGGUUAGACCCCGCUGAUGCAGCUCUGGUGGCGGGGGAGGGGGCAGUGGGGACGGUGGGGGCGGUUGCCCGCAGGUUACAGCGCAGCGCCUCGUCCCGGCACUCGGGAGACAUGCGGUGGCACGUGCAGGUGGGUGGGAGGGGGGUAAGCUACGUGCGAUUCACAGGUCCCAACCUGCUGCACAGCACUCACACCAAGCCGCGCUACAAGACGCUUAACCCCGUGUGGACUCCGGAGGACAUUUCAAGCAUUGUGUUGGAGAACCUCUCGUUACAGUCACAUGAGAAGGACUAUCUGCUGGCAGCCAUUCUCGACCAUGACGUCACCAACCAGGAUGACCCCAUAGGUUUUGUAACCAUCCCCUUGGCUCCUGCUGUGCACGCUCUGAGAGCCAAUAAGGAAUCCAUUUUGACCAAGGCGCUCCUAUCUCGAGGGAGAGCAGACACGGCGGUAACAGCAGCAGUUGUCGACAUGAUAUUUCCUCCCUUACCCAAGCUGCCUGCUGGCGAUCUCCUUCCGCUUAUCCAGGCUGGACACGUGGCGUCCAUCUGGCACGACGUGCUGCUCGUGCCGCCGCAAUUGGCGCAAUCAUCCACUUCACGUUUACAAGCAUCCCCGUUUCUAGCUGCUAGUCCCAACGACUUGCUAUUUCCCUCGCCAGCCGCGGAAACCGAGAGCGACGAUUUUGGCGGGAAUUAUGGGACGGCCGAUGAUUACGUGUCGCUUUCCGCGUUCACCUUCGUCUGCACCUCCUCGAAAACCUCUAGCGCGGAUCACGGCGCGAAGGGUGGAGGAGGACAUUUCCCGCAGAACACUCGCUCACAUCGAAGAAAGAGUCUUUCUCAAUAUGAAGGCGAAGCGCCACUAGUUUCCCCCUCUCCCUGCUCGCUCUCUCCCGACUCGCUGUCUCCCCGCUCGACACGCCCCGCCUUACCUUGCCAGCGGCUCGACUUAGAUGGUUCUUUGAGCCCCGACGAUUCCGCGCCGCGCCCAUGGAAUCUAGGUAUCAUGCCACAGACGUGCGUUCUCUCUCCCGUUGCGGCUCAGCCGUCAGAUGUGCGGACAGACGGCUCAGACGACUCGCCGCCGUCGUCCCCGUCAAUAGCUUCCGCAGGCCCUGAAUCACCGCGGCGCGAGUCCGGCGACUCGUCGUUCCCCGUGAUUUUCGACAACGCGCCGAUCGAAGCGUUGGAAAUCGGCACGCGGGAGCGCGAACCCGGGGAAGCGUACCCGGUGCUUCCGCUCCUCGCGCUGCCCAUGCGGCUUCACAACGAGACGCGCUCGGAAGUUUCGUGGAAGCUGGUAGUCAUCGCGAUUGACGACCCGUUGGUUUCUGCCCGACGGAUGGACGUGAUCUCGCGGAAGCUUUUGCCGAUGGUGCGGAGGUGGGUUCGCGAUUCAGGCUUCGCGUCACCGCCACGGCGAGAAAAGGAGGCGCCUGGACAGGUUACAGCGCCUUCGCGUGCUAACCCGUCGCGCGACCCUCUCGCCUCGUCCCUUGCGGCGUGCUCGUGGGAUGAAGCUGCACGGAAGGCGCGCGAAGUGAUCACCGAGGCGCACUGCACGUGGAAGCUGAUAUCGGAGCGAAAGGUAGCAGUAGCAAGCGUAGGGUCAAUUUCGCCACCAGUUUAA